GACCAAUGGGAAAGGCGCUGGGGGAGCACUGGCCAAUGGGAGCGAGGGGGCGGAGCCCGGCAGCGGGAAGCGGGGACCGGGAGCGGAGCGGCCGCGGAGGGGACGGAACGGGGCUCCGUUCCCGGACGAUGCGCCCCUGCUCCAGCAGUUGAAGUUGGACACACGGACAGCAGAGGGGACACGAGGGGACACACAUGGCGACGGCCGGCAGGGGCAGCAAAGGCAAGGGGGGCUCCGUGCGCUUCGCCCCAGCCCCCCCCCCCGAGGGGGCCCACGUGCACUUCCAGGAGCAGCUCCACGACUCGGCCGUGAUGGUGACCCAGGAGAAGGACGGCGGCUUCCUGGUCAAGGUGGGAUUCCUGAAGAUCCUGCACAAGUAUGAGAUCACCUUCCUGCUGCCCCUGCAGCAGAGGGGAGGGGGGGACGUGUGUGCCCUCCCUGUCCCCAACCCCAACCUGCGGGUCCUCAGUGUCACCUCCCUGCCAGAAGGGCUGAGCGUGCACUGCGAGUACACGGCGCACAAGGAGGGGGUGCUGAGGGAGGAGCUGCUCUUGGCCACCCCCGGCCACGGCCACGUCAGGGUCACCGUCCAGGCCCGGGUCAUGGACCGGCACCACGGGACGCCGAUGCUGCUGGACGGG